AUGUAUAGAUUUCCACAAAAUUUGAACUUUGGAAUUGUUAUCUGUAUUCUUGUUAAUCAAAUACAUGGUAGCUUAAAGAUUGUAGCCGAUUGUGGGAAACCUGCUGAUGUUGGAGAUUCGGUUUUACUAACAUGUUCCGUUUACGGAACACUGGCCUAUGGUAUAACGUGGAAGCGAGGUGAUGUUCUCAUAGCUACUUGCUUUCGGGACAUGAAGUGCAAAUCAGAGGACCCGGCUCUAUACAGAGUUGGAGUUGAUGUUCAUCCCUCCAAUAUGCAACAGGUGACGCUUAGCAAUACAACUUACAGUGAUUUACUUUCAAGUUUUACUUGUUGCGAUGGUCUAGAUUGUAAUGAUAAUUCUACCUGCCGGCUACGAGAAAAGACAUGGGCAACAACGGAAGCAGACUGUGGUAAAAGAGCUAUUUUAGGCCAAUCGACUGUAUUACGAUGUAUGUUAUCGAGUAAGAUACACAAUGGUAUUCGAUGGUAUCGUAACCAGAUACUCAUAGUACAAUGCGAUACACAGAGAAACUGUAAAUCAUUAGAUGAUCGUUUUGAAGUUUUCAAGACACACGAUGCCAAAAAUCAACAAGUAAUUAUCAAAGAGGUCUCCACACAAGAUUUACACAGUCAAUUUACGUGUGUUGAUAAUUCACUAAUUCCUCCGUCAUUACCAUUAGAUUCAACUUGUAGACUCACGCAAUUAAUAAGUGCAGCCGAGAAAACAGUCCUGUAUCAUAUAAUUGGAAUGGUGCUGGUAGGAACUGUCAUUCUUUUCCAAUUAUAA